AUGGCUCCUUCUACAACCACAGCGGCCAGCAGUGCCGCAACUACCACCGGUAGUGGUGAUAGCGGCUCCGGCUCAAAUGCGACGAGUUCGCCUCUUCUGUUUUUUGUCGCAUUAGGAUUCGGCGUCGUCUUCACCAAUCUUUGGAUUAUCGUCGGCGUUAAAUACUGCUUCCGCUACAAUCAACGGAACCGCCAGUUACGCAAUGAGGAGACUGGUGACCCGAUAGAUCUGGUUACCAUGCCUCGCGCCCAUCGAAGACGACGAGAGAAGAAGUUGAUGACUAUGGACGAAGUUAACGAGCGAUUCCCCUUGGUGAAAUACAAAGUGUGGAGGUCGUCUCGCGCCAACCAAGGUCUUUCAACGGAGGGGGGUAUCACGGCUCCCAAUACUCGACCACAGAGCCUCAAAGAUGAGGAUGGCGUUGCCUUUACUGUCCCAGUGAUUUCUGCAGCCGCAACUUCACCCGUAGUGGAGGAGGAGCGGGCGGUAUCAAGCAAUACUUCUCAGCCAUCCCACGAUGUAUCCGGAGACCCCGCUUUACGACCGACUGGAAUCGACACUUCUACGGGCGCCGCUGCUACCUCUACCCGGCAAGAAACCGGAGGGAACGUAACAGAAGAAAAGUGGCAACACUCCCUGAUCAAUGAGCACGCUGAUCUGGAAGAGGACGAAGACGAUGGCGAUCAGAUUCGAAAAGCGGUGCCCGCCGAGUUGCUUCCCAACCCUGGAGAUUCUUGUGCAAUUUGCUUGGACAUCAUUGAAGACGAUGAUGAUAUUCGGGGACUUGCUUGUGGUCAUGCCUUCCACGCCUCAUGCGUCGAUCCUUGGUUGACAAGUCGGCGGGCCUGUUGUCCUUUGUGCAAAGCGGACUACUAUGUUCCAAAGCCCCGUCCCCAGCCAGCCGAGGGAGCGUCUGCUUCGGAUCGCCAGGGACGCCGUACUGUAUCGAUUCGCCUUGAUGGUCUAGCUAGACCCCCGCGUGCUGCGCAGCCGAGGGCUCAGAUCAAUCCUUUCCGGGUGCAGAUGGCGUUCCCUGGUCGGUUAUUCCAACCAACAUCCCCAGAAUCACAAGGCCGACCUCCUCAAGCGGCAGGGCUCUCGGAAGACCCUCCCAGCGAAGCACAAGAUCCGAUUAGACCGUCACCUCGAGGAAAUUGGUCACGAUUCUUGCCAUCGCGUCUGCGAGGGCGUCCUUCCCAAAACCCUACUACCGGCGAGGCUCCUGAGCCAUCAGCCGAAAGAAAUCCUCCAUCUAACAACAAUCUGCCGGCCGGGCAACAACAGCGUACGCCUGGUCAACUCGAGGCGGGCACUUGA